GAUGAACUUUGUUCCUGGAGUAUAUGCUCUACAUAAGAGCCGACUCAACACGAUGCGCACUGCACGUACUUCCAGCGAUAUCCUCCCUAAUAGUGUACUUGCUCGAUUUCUUUCAGUAACGGAAUUGCACUCAAGUCAGAGGCUCCUGUAGGUGCAUCGGACGAGUGAUCUAGAUUCGACCGAUCGACCGAGUCAUGGUCUUGGGAUCCCCCUAGAGUCUCGGUGUAAAACCCCUCAGCCUGAUCAAACUGGUGCUCCAGGAUGGACGCUACCGCAACGAUUCCCUCGUAUAUGUGUUCCACUGGAAACGGUCCACGCCAACUGCUCCUGCAGCCAUUGGAGAAGAUGACGCUGGGACAGUUCGACGGCAUGCCCGUCAAGCAGGCCCAAAGCCAUAUCGACGCGCAGUUGCGAUACUUCAACGAGUCCGUGCGCAUCCUCAUCCGCGAGGGCUACCGAUUGAAAGAGCUGCGAAACGCCCUCGCCCCAAUCAACAGCCUCCCGGAGGAAGUGCUCAUCGAGAUCUUCUACAUCGUCGCAAAGACGAGCAUCGCUGACAUCGUACGCAUCAGCCGCGUCUGUCGACAUUGGCGCGCUAUCGCUCUGGCAUCCCCGAAGCUCUGGACGAACAUCACGUUGACGAAGCUACCCCGCGCAGCGACGUUCCUGCGUCGUUCCAAGAAUGUCGCCCUCACGUAUCAUAUCGAGAGGAUUGAGCGCACGAACUCGCAUCGGAUUGAUGAACGCCAGUUGAGACGUGCAGUCGCACCUGCGCGCAUGAGGUGUCUCAAGGCCUCUCUCUUCGAUGCGGGUGAUAUGGAUCAACUCAUCAGCACUCUCGAUUCCCCCGCUCCAUACCUACAGGAACUUUCCCUUCGCCUUUUGAAAGCAGACAACUAUACCAUAGAACUCGGGCUCGAAACCAUCCAAACGUUGUUCGGCGACUCGACGCCCUCUCUACGGUCUCUGACAUUGAAGCAGAUUAGCAUCUCCUGGACGUCCGGCCUGUAUUCCAACCUCGCACAUCUUUCGGUGACAGAUCUGUCUCAGGAGUGGCUGCCAUCCGUGGAUCGCUUCCUAGAAGUCCUCGUGCAGUGUCCCUCCCUUCAGACGUUGGACAUACAAUGUUUGCGCGACGAGCUUCCUAUAAUAUAUGAAGGUCAGCCUGCAUCCCGCGCCCAGCGGGUGCAGUUGCCCCUUCUCGAGAACUUGACAUUCUCGUACGUGCCGAAGGGUUGGUUGGCGUCCGUGCUGGAUGGCGUGUCACUCACGAGUCGCACCGUGAUGAAACUGCUGGCUCUCCACGACACAGAGGACCGCAUGCGUCCUUACACCAUGCUCCCUGAGAACCGCAGUCAUCUCCCACUAUUUUCGAACACACGCCGAUUCGAGAUUUUCAGCUCCGAGGAGCGACUCGUCAUACAAUUGCAUCAGGACGCUAGUACGCCAUUCAUAGAACCCUCUUGUACCAUCGAGCUCCACGACAUCAUCCCGGAAGUCGCAUUCGCGAAUGCCUUCAGCUGCUUCAGCCUGAACGACGUGGAAGCUCUCGUUCUUUGUGAACCGUCGCCAUCCUCAGCGAUUGCUACGAAGCAACAGUGGACGUCAAUGUUGCGCGAAAUACCAAAUUUGUCGUCAAUACGCAUCAUAGAUUUUGACUCGAACGUUCUGUCAGCCCUGCUGAAGGCGCUGCGAAUGCCAGGAGAAGGCGGCCUUCGUAUCUGCCCGCAGCUGAAGCACCUCGAUAUCGUAGGUGUCAGUGAGACCACGGAUGAGCUGAAGAACGAACUGGUGGAGUGUGUUCGCUUUCUCUCUUCGGCAGGAUGUCCGUUGGAGACCGUGGAACUGAUGGACCUAAAGGGAUGGUCUGAUGAGGAUGUGAACAACCUGCGCGACAUUGGCGUGGAUGUUGCUUUCAAUGACUAAUUCGUUACCAUGUUGUAUAGGUCGACAGACUCAUCCUUACCUUAUUGUAGUCAUAAGGUAGCAACCGUUACAGUACCGCAUCCUCUCGCUAACAAUGGACAUUUGCUUGCUGCUUAAUUUCCGUAUCCCUCUGUGUCUCAAGACGUGUUAUACCAUGACCUCAUAUGAUGUACACAGGUCACUUCUCACGUCGCGUACGUUAUCGAUUCCUGCGCGAGGUAGCUGCUAGUCUGAGACUC